GGUGAGGGCGGGAUCGAGGGCUAGAGAGGCCGGAAGUGCGGCGAGCCCGGGGACGCGCUGGCCGCGCCGGCGGUGGGACGCCUCUGUCCCUCUCCGGUCUUUUACUCCCGGCUCGGGGACGAGGAGGCCCCAGAAGAACCUUGGGAUGGACGAAGAGGGAGUGCGGCAGCCCUCCGGGCCACCCACGAGGAAGAAGUUCUUCAUACCACUGGAUGAGGAUGAGGCCCCUCCUGCGGGGUUCAAGCCCUUAUUCAAGUCCACGCGGAGCCUUCCCACCAUGGAGACCUCAGCCCAGGCUGCCCCUCAGACCUACGCCGAGUAUGCCAUCUCGGGAUCUCCAGGAGGGGCUGGGGCUCCACACCCCACGGGGCCAGAACCCCUGGCAGGAGAGACCCCCAACCAGGCCCCCAAACCGGGGACGAAAUCCAGCAGCAUCAUUGUGAGCCCCCGGCAGAGGGGCAACCCCGUGCUGAAGUUUGUGCGUAACGUGCCCUGGGAGUUUGGUGACGUGCUUCCCGACUAUGUGCUGGGCCAGAGCACCUGUGCCCUGUUCCUCAGGGUCCCUCAGGUCCCAGACAUCCAGGGUGAGUUGAUGAGAGCCAGGAUUUCGCCAGCCUGUACCGCAGUUAAGCAAGUUCCCUCUCCAUUCCCGGGCGCCCCUCUGCACACAGAGCUGGAUGGGGGAAGUGAACCUUCUAAGUUCCUGUCCUCCCUGCAAGGUACGAGAGCUGGUGGCUGCUGGGCAGAGAUGUCCCCUAGUUCCCUGGGUGGAGAAGCCACCCCAGCCCCUCCCUGCCAGUGCCUUCCGAGGCUAAAGCAGACAGUCCCUGGGAUGGGCCUGCUUCCCAAGACCAGCUGCCCCGUGCCCCCCAGUCCACACCCUCUAGGCACUUGUCUCCUGUCCUCUACCCGAAGCCCAAGUCUCUUCCCUUCCCCAGUGAGGAACCUGGGGUCCAUCCCUCCAGGGAAGCCAGAGCCAGUCAGCCCUUUCCGCCAACCCCGCCGUCCCCUUCCUUGAUGGGUGACCUGAGGCAAGUCACUUAACGUCUCAGAGCCUCAGGUCCAGGUGUCGCCCGCGCCCUCUGCAUUCCAGUGAGAGUGAAGAAGGGCUCCCAGGGUCUCGGGGAGAGCGAGCCCUCCCAA